AUGGCAGCUGCUCGGGCAGCUCUUCUCAAACCGGCUCCGGCCGUCAUUCAUAUUUUAUACAAGGAGCCGCAUUUUCAGCUGCAGGAGUCCAUUAAAAAGUUUGUCGAUCGGGAGGUGAAUCCAAAAGUCGAAGAAUGGGAGUCGAAACGCCAAUUUCCGGCGCAUACCGUAUUCAAAAAUUUGGGGCAACUGGGAGCUUUUGCAGUUAAUAAACCUAUAGAAUACGGUGGCCUAGGCCUUGAUUGCUCAUAUUCCAUAGCUGUAGCCGAAGAAAUGGGUACAGUAAGGUGCGGAGCGAUUCCGAUGGCAACGGCCGUACAGAGCGAUAUGGCCACCCCAGCACUUGCAAGAUUUGGCAGUGAAUAUUUAAAAGAAGAAUUUUUACGUCCAACAAUCGCAGGAGACCUAGUCGCCUGUAUUGCUGUCAGUGAACCCUGUGCCGGAAGCGAUGUAGCAGCCAUUCGCACUGUGGCCCACACCAUCAAUGGAGAUCUUGUCAUUAAUGGCACAAAAACCUGGAUUACCAAUGGCGCCCAAGCCGAUUGGGCCUGUGUAUUAGCGAGCACCAGGUCUGGGCUUCCGCAUAAAAAUAAGAGCCUAAUUAUCGUACCCCUUACUUUGCCAGGUGUACAUAGAAAACGAACGAUCGAUAAGCUUGGAAUGCACUCCUCAGAUACUGCCGAGCUAAUUUUUGAUAAUGUUCGGGUCCCAACGAGUCAUAUUAUAGGAGAGGAAGGGCGAGGCUUUGAAUACCAGAUGCAACAAUUUCAAGAUGAAAGACUGGUCACGAUUGCAGUUUUAUUAAAACCGAUGGAAAGGUGUAUUUCCCUAACUCGAGAAUAUACCAAAGAACGGAAAGUAUUUGGCAAACCCAUCUACGAAAAUCAGGUAGGAUCUUUGGUCGAAUGUUAUGGUCAGACUGUUCAUUUCCGUCUUGCUGAGCUGCAAACCGAAAUCGAGGCGUUGAGAGCUUUGCUAUAUAGAGCGGUUUUGGAGAGGAUGGCUGGAAAAGACGUAACGCGCCUGGCCAGUAUGGGAAAGCUAAAAGCUGGCCGUCUAGCCCGACAAGUCACCGAUCAGUGUCUACAGUUUUGGGGCGGAGUCGGUUAUACUUGGGAGAACGAGGUAUCCCGGCUAUAUAGAGACCUCAGGCUCCAUUCGAUAGGAGCAGGAGCUGAUGAGAUAAUGCUAUCUAUAAUCUCAAGAUUUGAAGACACUAAA